CAACAACAACACCACGCUCAGUUGGCGCUACACGUGUGGGGGAGAAGUGGCCUUACUGCCGGAUGAGUGUGGUCUUGGAAAAAGAAUUCAUCAAUUAAUAAACCAUCAAAAAUGAAGAUAGAAGUCAAGACAAAAAAGAAACCCUCUGUACCUUCAGUAAAGACAAUGGGAGUCAAAAAGAAAGCCACAGCAUCUGGAGUUGCAGCAAAGGGGAAAAAGGCAGCCAUUGCAAAGGAGGUGAAGAAGACAGCCAUAGCAAAGGAGGGGAAGAAGGCAGCCAUUGCAAAGGAGGGGAAGAAAGCAACCAUUGCAAAGGAGGGGAAGAAGGCAGCCAUUGCAAAGGAGGGAAAGAAAGCAGCCAUUGCAAAGGAGGGGAAGAAAGCCGUUGCAUCAUCUGCAAAGGAAGCAGCAGCCAAGAAGAAGACAGCCAAGGUGACUCCAGCUGCUAAGAAGGAUGCUGCAGUAGAUUCACAGAAGGUGGAUGUCAAGCCCAAAAAGGUGGAGAAUGGAAAGCAAAUGAAGAAGGAAGUUGAUGCAGCUUCAGGAGCAAAAGCAGGACCCAAGAAAAAGCAAAAGGAAGGUGAUAAAGGCAGUAAACCUGAAGGAAAAAAGAAGAGGAUGAGGAGAAAGAGUCGCAAGCCCAAGGUAAGGAAAGUCAAAGUCAUUGAAGAGACACAAGCGAAGCCGGAGGGGGAGGGGGAGGAGGAGGAGAAACCAGACUCUACAGGGAAGCAGAAACGCAAGAGCGAGAAUAGUGACGAUGGGAGCCCUGCUAAGAAGCAGAAGAAGGCAGAGAAGAAACCAGAGCCUCCAAAUAUGGAGAUGAAUUUGACAGGAGAGCUCUACAAAAUUUUCUGCAAGCGAAGGGACGACUUGAAGGAUCGAGCCCUUUAUGCCACGGUGGAGAAUUUCAAGCUUGGUUACUAUUCUAAGCCCCCUGCCCUGUUUAGUAGUGCGCAGCAUGUUAGAAUAUGUGCAGAGAAAGGUUUAUUCUAUUUGGAAUAUAAGACCAAAAAGGAGGCAGAGAAGCACAAAUUAAUCUUAGAAAACAACAGUUUGAUCAAGCAUGUAAAGUCGCCCAAGGAUAAUGAAGACGGCAAUACAGAUGGCACCAUAAAAGUGCACCCCAGAAGGCUGUUCAUUGCAAAUGUGCCACCGCGUAUAAAACGUGACAUGUUGGUGGCUAGUUUCCCAACUGCUAAGUAUGUUCGCAUUCUACCCACGACACGUUGUGCAUAUCUGAUUUACAACACAGAAGAGGAAGCAGAAGAUGCUUUUGUACUAGCUAAUAAUGUCCAGGUUAAAGGUGUGAAGCUGACAGUCCUGUAUCUGUCAACCCGAAAGGCUGAAGAGCUCGGUAAGAAUACGGUUAACAUUAAGAAGAAGAAGAAGAAGAAGAGGGCGGCAUAUAAGAAAUCUAUGCAGAAAAGGAAGGAGCAGCUGAACAAUUUGGAAUCAUAGACUGACAGUUCCAAGAAGAAUGAUUAAUUAUCAAACUGCUGCUGCUGCUGUUGUUUCUUCUUCUUCUUCUUCUUCUUCUUCUUCUUCUUCUAAUGUUUUUCUUUUCUUUCCUUGAUGAUGUAUGGUAUGGAAAUAUAAUGUAAUGUUUUCCAAAAUAAAAUCUAAAAAGAAAGGAUUAUU